AUGCAGUUCUCAUUCACCGCCGCGGCUCUUGCCACUCUCAUCGGCUACUCAGCCGCCCACACCCUUACCAUCGACGUCUGGGUCAACGGCGAGGACCAGGGCGACGGCCGUUCCACCGGUACCGGCACCACCAAGUACAUCCGUUCCCCCGAUAACAACAACCCCGUCAAGGACAUCACCAGCCCCAGCAUUGUCUGCAACGUCAACGGUGCCAAGGCUCAGACCGGCUUCGUCAAGGCCGCUGCUGGCGAUGAGUUCCAGUUCGAGUGGUACCACAACAGCCGUGGUGACGACAUCAUCGACCUCUCACACAAGGGUCCCGUGAGCACCUACAUCGCUCCCUACACCGAGGGCAACGGUGCCGAAGCCAUCUGGACCAAGAUCCAGGAGUCCACCUACGAGAACGGCAAGUGGGCUGUCGAGACCCUUGUUGCCAACAAGGGCCAGUCUCCCAAGGUCACCAUUCCUGCCACCUUGAAGGCCGGCAAGUACCUUGUUCGCCAGGAGAUCAUUGCCCUUCACGAGUCCGAUACCACCUACGACGUCAACCCCGCCCGUGGUGCCCAGUUCUACCCCGCCUGCGCCCAGUUCGAGAUCACUGGUACCGGCUCCGAUGUCCCUCCCCAGAACUUUGACUUCACCACCGGCUACAAGUACUCCGACGCCGGUAUUCACUUCAACCUCUAUAGCGCCGACGCCUCCACCUACAAGGCUCCCGGUCCUGAGGUCUGGACCGGUGGCUCCGGCUCCGGCACCUCCCCCGCUCCUGCUCCCGCUUCCUCUGCCGCUCCCGCUGCUACCACCACUGCUGCUCCCGUCGCCUCCUCUAGCGCUGCUGCCCAGCCCACCACUCUCGCCACGGCCGUCAGCUCUGCUGCUCCCGUUGCCAGCUCCAGCUCCGCUGCUGCCCCGGUUGCUACUCCUUCCAAGGCCCCCAGCGCCGGCUGCAAGCGCCGCCGCUCCCGCAAGGCCCGCCGCUCUGCUCACUAA